AUGAUGGAAGAAGAGCACGACGGACUUUUGGCGGGAGAUAACAAGGCGGGCCCGGUUAUUGAGAGUUGUGAGCUGAGAAUAGAGGGCAUGACCUGCGGCGCCUGUGUCGAGGCCAUCGAAGGAAUGCUCAGAGACCAGAAGGGCAUCCAAUCCAUCAAGGUGGCUCUGCUUGCAGAGCGCGGCGUUGUUGAAUACGACCCCGCACAUUGGACAGUACCCAAGAUUAUCGAGGAAAUCAGUGACAUUGGUUUCGACGCAACCCUAAUACCGCCCUCCCGGCAAGACGUCGUCCAGCUUCGAAUAUACGGAAUGACCUGCGGCAGCUGCACCUCUGCCAUUGAAAGCGGACUUGGUGAAGUCGACGGCGUUGCCUCCGUCUCCGUCUCGCUCGCCGCAGAAUCAUGCGAGGUUCGCUUCGACCGUUCAAAGAUAACACCCCGAGAAAUGGUCGAACAUAUAUCCGACAUGGGCUUUGACGCCAUCCUAGCCUCCGACCCGUCCAAUCAGAAUGCGACCCAACUCCAAUCCCUCACCCGCAUGAAGGAGGUUCUCGAGUGGAAGAAACGAUGGCUAUGGAGCUUGGCAUUUUCCUUGCCCGUAUUUUUCCUGGAGAUGAUAUGUCCCAUGAUUCCUUUCGUAAAGGCAAUCUGCGACUUCCACUUCUUCAAUGGGAUAUACCUCGGCGACAUCCUCCAACUCCUCAUUGCCACUCCAUGUCAAUUUUGGGUUGGCUCAAAGUUCUACCGCAAUUCCUACAAGUCGCUCAAACAUGGCACCGCGACGAUGGACGUGCUCAUUACGAUGGGCACGUCUGCCGCGUACUUCUACUCCGUUUUCGUGGUCAUCGCGGCUGCCUUCAACACCACACCGGACUACAAGCCCCACCUUUUCUUUGAAACCAGUACCAUGUUGUUCAUGUUCGUUUCCCUCGGACGAUUCCUCGAAAACCGAGCCAAAGGGAAGACCAGUGCAGCCUUGACUGAUCUCAUGUCAUUGGCACCCUCCAUGGCCACUAUCUACACCGAUGCCCCAGCAUGUACUCAGGAGAAGAAGGUCCCUACGGAACUGGUCGAGGUUGGUGACAUCGUCAAGAUUGUUCCAGGCGACAAGAUUCCGGCGGACGGCACGGUAGUCAAAGGUUCUUCCAGCAUCGACGAGAGCGCCAUCACGGGUGAAGCGAUCCCUGUCCUCAAGCAGAAAGGCGACGCAGUUAUCGGUGGAACGGUCAACGGCCUUGGUACCUUCGACAUGCUCGUCACCCGCGCUGGCAAGGACACUGCUCUCUCCCAGAUUAUUCGACUCGUGGAAGAGGCACAAACAUCCAAGGCUCCCAUCCAGGCGUUUGCAGACCGUGUCGCAGGGUAUUUCGUACCCGCCGUCAUCGCCCUCGCCAUGAUUACGUUCCUGGUAUGGAUUCUUAUCACCAGCAUUUUGGACGACGAGAGCCUUCCCAAGAUGUUCCACAAACACGGCUCUAGUAAGCUGGCUGUGUGCUUACAGAUGUGUAUCAGCGUGGUCGUUGUUGCAUGUCCCUGCGCGCUCGGUCUUGCUACCCCCACGGCGAUAAUGGUUGGUACCGGCAUCGGUGCAAAGAAUGGAAUCCUGAUCAAGGGAGGGCGCGCCCUCGAAGCCAGCCGACACGUACGGAGAAUCGUCAUGGACAAGACCGGUACUGUCACUAUUGGGAAGCUUACCGUCGUGGGCCUGCAUUGGGUGCCUGCAGGCGCCCGUCAAAUACCAUCGGACGAGGAGGUCUAUGGCGGAGACUCCAACCUCGAUGACGUUUGCGCGGACGGCGUCACCAGCCGCAAAGUCGUCGUCGCUAUGGUCAGCGCUACUGAGGCCAGAUCGGAGCAUCCCCUCGCCAAAGCCAUCGCGACUUACGGAAAGGAGCUUUUGGGCGUUUCAGCGCCUGAAGCAACCAUCCAGGAGUUCGAGAGCAUUACCGGUCAGGGUGUCAAAGCCAAGGUCUUGUGCGAGGGCAAACUCUACACCGUUUACGUUGGGAGUUCUCGAUUUGCCACCCUCACCAGCUCCGACACGACUGGCUCUGGCCAUGCAGCAAAGGGCGGUGUCGGAAGUGAAGCCCUCCAUGCGGAGCAAGAAGCCCACCGUUACAUUCACCGCACCCUCGCUGCUUACGAGAAGCAGGAGACCUCCCAGGGACGCACAGUCAUCUUCGUUUCAGUCCAGCAACAGGAGAACAGUCAUCUCCAUCCGCAGCCCAUCCUCGCUGUUUCCCUCGCUGACGAACCUAAACCAACGAGUCGAUAUGCGAUCCAGGCCUUGGAGAAGAUGGGAAUUGAAGUCAACAUGAUGACUGGUGACGGACGCGCCACCGCUAUCGCUGUCGCCCGGCAAGUCGGUAUUCGGCCAGAAGGAGUGUGGGCGAGCAUGAGCCCCAAGGGUAAAGCUGCGAUGAUUGCCGAGUUAAUGAAGAAGGAUGCAGAGCAGUAUGGGCGCAAACCGUCUGGCGUGGCCAUGGUCGGCGAUGGAAUCAAUGAUUCUCCUGCGUUGGUCGCUGCGACCGUCGGUAUCGCCCUUUCUUCAGGAACCUCAGUCGCCAUCGAGGCUGCCGACAUUGUGUUGAUGCGUUCGGAUCUACUGGACGUGGUCGCCGCUAUGCACCUCUCCCGCAGCAUCUUUGCCACUAUUCGAAGAAACCUGAUCUGGGCGUGCAUCUACAACGUCCUCGGUAUCCCGUUGGCUAUGGGUGUGUUCCUGCCUGUUGGACUGUACAUGCAUCCGAUGUUGGCAGGUGCUGCGAUGGCUUUCUCUAGUGUUAGCGUUGUCGCGAGUUCACUGUGGCUGAAGAGGUGGAGGAGACCGGUGUCGAGUAUCAUGCCUGCUGAUGCCCGUGCGCCUGGUGGUGUCUUGGGCGACAUGCUGGAUAUGCCGACUGGUCAAACCAGCGGUGCUGGUUGGACUGGAUUGUUCGUUGACCAGUCUGCGACCGUGCUGUCGAGCGUUGGGGGAGUGUUCAGUGCGGGGCUGCAAAGUGCAAGGGGCCUGUUCGGUACGGGAGAGAGGGACUUUGGGUACAGUCAGCUACCAGUGGAGAUGGAGCAUCGAGAUACACGUGUGUAGUCCAAUCUGCGAUAACGUCUGGUUUCUUGCUUUCUUUAUUCUUUAUUUGCUAUAAUGUCAGCCUCCUCCCUCGU